UUGGGCCUGUUUAUAUAUUAUAUAGUAUAUAGUAGAAAGACAACCUAUAUUAGAGGACCAUUUCUCAAUAUGUGGCUACUCUAUGAUUCAGCUUCAUUACUGUCUUAGAUGGUAAAAGGUAACUUGUAGUUUGUGUAAUUGAAAAAAGGACAAAUAUUUUUAAGGUCAAGUCCUGUGGAAAUUGGAAUAAUGUGCUAAUUAACUAGCGGAAAUGGAAGGCAAAGAUGGUCUUUAAUUGAGGUCCGCUAUAUAACACACAAGAUUUUUUUUCGUGGGUAUUACUCCAAAUUGACACCCAAGAAAUGAAAUAGACUUUAAAUAGACACAAGAAAUAAAAUAGAUUUUUUUUACUAGUCAUACAUUUUAUUUCCAUGGAGAAAACUUACCCCCAAAAUAACUAGUAGAUUCGAACCCAACACACACCAGUUCAAAAUUCCAAUAAUAGGCGUCAUUCUACCCUUCAGUUUUAACCGAUUAACUAAUUUAGUUUCUAUUUAGGUGAAAAUGAUUAGUCACGCGGAGUGCAAGCACUUUCUUCUUGGAGUGUGUAUUUGGCGCACAUACAGCUUAUAAGCUACUAUUAUUUUUCGAAUUCUAGUUGAAUUUCGAAGCGAAAACAAUGAACUAUUGAAAUCCCAACGUUUUGUUGAGUUUUAACCUAUUUGACAGUAUGUUUGUUCAAUUUGAUAGUAAUAUCUAUGUGUGCACAUCGAAAGUGUAAGGGUGUUGAUGUAGCUAAGGCAAGUUAACCAAACAAAUAAUCAAAUUUUAGGAAAGGGAAAUAGAUAAAUUAAGUAAAAAUUACCAAAUUAUCAUCCCACCAAAGGGAAUCAGAGAGUUGUGGAUAAAUCUUACUGGUUUAGCUGAAUGUUACAUGGAUGAAUGCUGGAUGGAUCUUCUUGAAUUUAAAGCCUUGUUUACCUUCAUGCUUCUCCUCUCUUCUCUUCCAGUUCCGACCAUUCUCCUCUUUAAACCCACUAUGUUUCUCCUCUGCACGAAGGAUAAGCCUUCUCCUUUCUACUUCUGGAAGGGAUGGCAAUGCCCGUCUUGGUUCUUCCAUCCAUGGCUUCAUCCUCAAGGACCCACAAUUUGUUUACUUAGGAAAUCAGUUUAAUACCCAAGACGUGCUUGUAGUUUGGAAUUCUCUUUUGACAAUGUAUGCAAGAUGUGGUAGGAUGCGUGAUGCAGUCCAAGUGUUUGAUGAAAUGCCCGUGAGAGAUACUGUGUCUUGGAACUCGGUUGUUUCGGGGUUUUCAAGCAAUGGGAACUUUAAAAUGGGAUUUGGUUACUUUAAAGAAAUGAUGGGUUAUGGUAGUUUUUUGAAGUUUGAUCAUGCAAGUGUGACUACUGUUUUAUCAGCUUGUGAUGGGGCUGAUUUUAUUAUGGUUAAUAAGAUGUUGCAUGGAUUGGUUAUUUUGAGUGGUCUGGAGAGGGAGGUGGCUGUAUGUAAUGCGUUGAUUACUUCUUAUUUUCGAUGUGGGUGCGCGAAUUCUGGCAGGCAGGUUUUCGAUGAGAUGGGUGUGAGGAAUGUUAUCUCUUGGACAGCUGUGAUUUCUGGUCUUGCUCAGAGUGAGUUUUGUGAGGAAAGCUUGGAUAUGUUUGUGAAGAUGCAAGGUGAUGUUGUGCCUAAUUAUUUGACGUACUUAAGUGUGUUGUUGUCGUGUUCUGGCAUGAAGGCACUCAGGGAGGCUCGUCAAAUUCAUGGGAUUGUUUGGAAGUGGGGGUUUCAAUCAGAUUUGUGUAUAGAGAGUGCAUUGAUGGAUGUGUAUUCCAAGUGUGGCAGUGUACAUGACGCUUGGCAGAUGUUUGAGUCCGCAGAGGAUCUUGACACCAUUGCUAUGACAGUUAUGCUUGUGGGGUUUGCGAAAAAUGGAUAUGAAGAAGAGGCUUUGCAAAUCUUUGUGACAAUGGUAAAAGCAGGGGUUGACAUUGACCCUGAUGUAGUGUCAGCCAUUCUUGGUGUCUUUGGUAGUGAUACUUCGUUGGCUCUUGGCAAGCAAGUGCACUCUUUAAUCAUCAAGAAAGGUUUCAUUUCAAAUUCGUUUGUAAGUAACGGACUAAUUAACAUGUAUUCCAAGUGUGGUGAGCUGGUGGAUUCUGUCGAAAUCUUUGAUAGUAUAGCUCGAAGAAAUUCAGUCUCUUGGAAUUCCAUUAUUGCAGCCUAUGCUCGACAUGGGAAUGGCUAUAGGGCACUCCAAUUAUACGAAGAAAUGAGUUCAGAUGGUGUGGAUCCAACUGAUGUUACAUUCAUCUCUCUGCUUCAUGCUUGUAGUCAUGUAGGGCUAGUAAAUAAGGGUAUGGAGUUCUUUGAAUCUAUGCAGAGUAUCUAUGGGAUGACUCCAAGAAUGGAGCAUUAUGCUGCUGUAGUUGAUUUGCUUGGUCGAGCUGGACUGCUAAGUGAAGCCAAGAGCUUCAUUGCAGGGAUACCUGUAAAGCCAGACAUACUUAUUUGGCAGGCAUUACUUGGUGCCUGUAGUAUACAUGGUAAUGCUGAGAUAGGCAAAUAUGCAGCUGAUCAAUGGCUCUUGACUUCACCUGAUAAUCCUGUGCCAUUUGUUCUGCUGGCUAAUAUAUAUUCUUCCAGAGAGAGGUGGAAAGAGAGAGCUAGAACCAUAAGGAAAAUGAAGGAGACAGGAGUGGCAAAGGAAACAGGGACAAGCUGGAUAGAGAUUGAGAAGGAAGUACAUAGUUUCGUAGUUGCGGAUCAAAUGCAUCCCAGAGCGAUGAUCAUUUAUUCUACCUUGCUGGAGUUGUUUAGACACAUGAGAGAUGAAGGAUAUGUACCAGAUAACAGGUUCAUUCUAUAUUAUUACAUGGAUAGUGAUGAGAAGCAAUUUUCAGCCGAUUUGCUAGAUACCUCUGAACUUCUGUGCAGCUUGUAGUAGUCAUUUGUGAACUGGUUGGUGACUGUCUAUCGGUAUGUAAUCUAUGUAGCUUGAUUCAUUGUUUUGAGUUUCGAUCAUGAAUAUGUUCUAUUUUAUUUGGCAUGCCAAAAUACCUCUUGUGAAGAAAGCUAGAACUAGACACACAUCAUUGGCUGCUUAUUUUUUGUUGUAGUAGGAGGUGAUUGUAAUAACCUCUAAAGGAAAACAAAGUUCUAAUUUUAAUUAAGUUGAUUCUUUUCA